UGAGCAAUAUAUGUCACUUUAAUCUUACAGACUAGACGUGCUCACCUCCACAGGAGACACUGAUUGUAAUAACGUCUGUCACAACCUCCAGAUCCACCAGAGGGCAGUGUCGCACAAACACUGACCAGCUUUACUUCCUGUUAGUAUUAAUACGGAACAGACGUUUAAGGCACAACACAGUGAACUUGCUGUGACUGCAGGGUCCAGUUUGUUGGUUUUCGAGCCCGACACUGGGUUUUUUCCCGCUUUUGUACUCGUUAUUAAACUGGUGAAGCUUUGACACAUCGCACAGAGACAGGCAAGUGUGUAUUUUCCCCGUGUAUAUCCGUCACUCUGGGGUUUGUUGAUAACGAAAGUUGACUGAAGAAGGCCCGUGAAGCCUCAGUAUGGAUGAAGAAAUGCCGGAGGAGCCUCUCCAGCAGGACCUGACCUGCUCCGUGUGUCAGGAGAUCUACCGGGACCCCGUGCUGCUGCCGUGUACGCACAGCUUCUGUCGGGAAUGUCUACAGAGAAGUUCACAGUUCAGCAAAAAGUGUCCCUUGUGCAGGAAGGAGUUUGAGGAAGGGCAGGACAUCGCCAACCGAGCGCUCAGCAGCGCCUGUGAGACCUUCCUCAAACAUGCAAACCCUUUGCCGCGCCAGAAACGUGCCAGCGAGGACACCUGUAACCUGCACCUGAAGCCGCUCGAGCUCUACUGCGAGAAGGACGAGGAGCCCGUGUGUGUGGACUGUGUCUCACUGCACAGCACACACAGGCUGUGGUCACUGAAGGAUGGAUUGUCAUUUUGCAAGAAGGAGCUCAGCUUCAAAGUUGGGAUUUUUGAAAAGAAAGUGGAGUCAUACAAGAAAACGACGCAUAAACUCAGCAACGCAGUGGAAUACAUCAAGUAUCAAGCUGGGCAGGCAGAGAAGCAGAUCAAGCUGGAGUUUGAGAGGCUCCACAAGGUGCUUGUCACAGAAGAAGCUCUGCGUCUAAAAGCCUUGGCCACUGAGGAGGAGGAGAAGAUUGCUGCCAUACAGGAGCUGAUGGAUAACACAAACAAGGACAUUAUCACUCUGAAGGAGCUCAUCGACUCCCUGAAGAAGGAGAUGGGCAAUGAGGAUCUACCCCUCCUGCGGAAUUUCCAGAGUUUAAAAAGAAAAACCCAGUGGAGUCGUGAAGAACCUCGCCUCUCUGACGACUCUCUUUUGGAUAUGGGAAAGCAUGUUGGUUCUUUGAGCUUCAAGAUCUGGAAGAACAUGCAGGCCCAUGUCAAAUAUAACCCUGUGGUGUUGAACCCGAACACAGCCUCUCCUUGGCUGUGCUUGAGUGCUGACCUGACCAGUGUCAAGGAAAGCUCAGAGCGAAUGACCACACCUGAUAACCCGGAACGCUUUGAUCCCUGCGUCUUCGUCCUGGGUGCUGAAGGUUACUCCUCUGGGAAGCACAGAUGGGACGUCAUUGUUGGUGACAACCCCAAGUGGAUUGUGGGAGUGUGCAAAGAGUCAGUGGUCCGUAAAAAGAAGUUCACAGUCUCUACGAACCGUGGCGUGUGGUGUAUAGGGUUGAGCAAAGGGGUGUACACCGCUUUAACAGCACCUGAGCGUACAGAGCUGCAGGUGCAGCAGCGUCCUGAAAGGAUCCGCAUCAAGCUAAAUAUAGAAAAGGGAGAGGUGUCAUUUUGGGAUGGGGGAACAGCAAAGCACUUGGUCACUUUAACACACAAGUUUGAUGAGAAGAUAUUUCCUAUUUUUGGCCCUGGGCUCCACACUACGGAAGUGAUUCUUGCUCCAGGAAAAAUAGCUGUGCACACCUCCUGAUGGGCCAGGAAAAAGUGCAGAGGGAUGGUUGUUUAUUGUAAAUAAGCACUAAAUUCUACACACUAGACCAUUAAAACAUGCAGGCAGUGAAGAAUGGCUUUGAUAGGUGUAACGCGGUCAUGGAGGUAAUCAAAAGCUUUGUUAAAAAUACAAAAACCCAGAGGGGAUUAGAAAAGUGUUUCAAAUGGUCAAAGGAUGAAAACUAACUUUUUUUUAAAAAAUGUGCCUUAGGUAAAGGAAACUGGAUCGACCAGUCUUCCGUGAGUCUACUGUGGACACACAGAUAAGAAUAUAAAAUAAUACCAAUAUAACUGGCUGUAUGGCCGAUGCUGGUGGCUAGUAUUGAUAAUGAUAAAGAGGUGAAUUAAAUAGUCUGUCUUGAUUUAUUCUUCUUGAAAGAAGAAAAACGUCAAAUGUCAAAAAACAAACAAAAAAAAAUCUUGAUUGUGAAUGUGAUUGAUAAUUAAAUGUGCUGCUUCACUAGCUUUUGGGCUUCUUAUGUUUGUAGGUAAAUUUUAUAUUUGAGGUAAUGUGCUUUAAUUGUGUGUUUCUACUUUACAUAAUCUUAGUGUUUACUGUUGCCAGCAUGUACUUUCAAGUAGGAUGAACUGCUACUGCUUUGAAUCUGUAAUCAUUUAAACGCAUGCUCAUUAAAAUGCGUUAAAAUAAAAAAA